AAUAUAAACCGUGUGUGUGUGUGUGUGUGUGUGUGUGUGUGUGUGUGUGUGGGUGAGUGAUGGAGGGGGGAUGUGGAGGUGAGAGAUUGGAAGCGCUGCCGGUACUCACACGCGCGUGUGCGUUUGUUACUAAGAGGAUAAAAAAAGACAAACUUCUCUUUAUGUUAUAACGCAAGGACAUGACUUGUUUGAUUUUAAUGUGUGAUAGUUUGGUCUCUGAAUGAAUUGAUUCGGGGUUCAGCAUCUGUCAUGUGUUUCCCGGCUGUGAGCGUCCAUACUGCAUCAGCGGUAGCUGUAGUAGCCCAGACUGAAUCUUUGUCUCUAUGUUGUGGAGAAUUAUGUCCGGCAGACACGGGGCCUAUUCUGCUGCGGUUUCCUCCUCCUCCUCCUCCCCCUCCUCCCAUGACAGCUUUUAAUUAUCACGGUAAAGUAGAUAAACAAAAACUGAAAGAAAACGGGGAUCAUGACGCUCCCAGCGCCUCAGCCAAUUGACCUGAAUGAAUGCUGAAUAUCAAUUAGGCAUUCAUUUGCAAAUUACAGUUGAACUACAAGCGGGUACUACUCCGCGAUGUACCGCUUGUUUCGCUGAUCCGUCUUGGAGCUGUUCUCCCCUCAUGUUUUUUCUUCUUCUUCCAGCAACGGAUGAGUGUGAGGAUGGACAGUUUCAGUGCAACAACAAAAGGUGUAUACCGACCAUCUGGAGGUGCGACGACGAUGACGACUGCUCAGACAACAGUGAUGAAGAAAACUGUCCCAGGAAGACAUGUGCCCCCGCAGAGUUCGCCUGCUUAAAUGGCCAGUGUGUCCCGGGACGGUGGCGAUGCGACGGGGAACCAGAGUGUCCUGAUGGCUCUGAUGAGGCAGAGGAGACCUGCAGCAAACAGACGUGCCCUCCAGAGAAGUUUGACUGUGGGGGAUCCACCAACAAGUGUGUCUCGUUGUCAUGGCGAUGUGACGGGGAGAAGGAUUGCGAAAACGGGGCGGACGAGGAGGACUGUGCGUCUGAUGCCAAAGCCUGCCCCAGCGGUGAGUUCAUGUGUGCCAACCGCAAGUGCUUGGCCACCGUCAACGUGUGCGACGGGGACGACGACUGUGGAGACGGCAGCGAUGAGCUCAAGUGUGCGUCCCCUCUGACCUGCGGGCCCAACCAUCUCCGCUGUAACACCUCGGAGUGUGUGCCGCUCAUGUGGAGCUGCGACGGAGACCCCGACUGCUCCGACAGUUCAGAUGAGGGCCCGGAGCGCUGCGGCAGCGACGGGGUUCCCUACCUGCCUAACCGCCGGACAAACUGCACUGCAGGGGAGUUUCGCUGCGCCAACGGGGAGUGUGUGAGGCUGACCUGGAAGUGUGACGGAGAUCCAGACUGCAAGGACAAGUCUGAUGAGUCUGACUGCCCUCUGUUGACGUGUCGUCCCGAUGAGUUCCAGUGCGGUGAUGGUUCCUGCAUCCACGGCACCAAGCAGUGUAACAAGGUCCACGACUGUCCUGACCACAGCGACGAAUCUGGCUGCGUCAAUGCCACAAAAUGUGAGGGGCCCCUGAAGUUCCUGUGUAAGAACGGAGAGUGCAUUGACAGCUCCAAAGUGUGUGACUCCGUCAAGGACUGCAAGGACCGAUCGGAUGAGCCCAAGAAGGAGUGCGGGCUGAAUGAGUGUAUGAUCAACAACGGCGGCUGCUCCCAUGUCUGCAUGGACCGACCAAUUGGCUUUGAGUGCCAGUGCCCCAGUGGCUACCAGCUACUGGACAAAAAGACUUGUGGUGACAUUGAUGAGUGUGAGAACCCUGAUGCUUGUAGCCAGAUCUGCAUCAACUACAAGGGGGAUUUUAAAUGUGAAUGCCAUGAAGGCUAUGAGAUGGACCCUGUUACUAAGACCUGCAAGGCUGAAGGAAAGAGCCCUUACCUGCUGUUCACCAACCGGCAUGAGAUCCGACGCAUCGACCUGGUAAAGAGGGACUACAGCCAGGUGGUGUCCACCCAGAAGAACGCUGUAGCUCUGGACCUGGAUGUGGCCAACAACCGAGUCUUCUGGUGCGAUCGCUUUCACCGGAAAAUCUACAGUGCCUUCAUCCAUGAGGCCAGUGACCCCGCCCAGCAGGUACCGCUGCUGGAUUCUCUCCUGCAGACCCCCGUGGGUCUGGCUCUGGACUGGCUCCAACACAACCUGUACUGGGCCGACUCCGGAGACAAAUCCAUCUCUGUGGCCUCAGUGGACGCCACCAAGAGACGCAUCCUCAUCAACACCGACCUGAGUGAACCCCGGGCCAUAGCGCUGGAUCCCCAUCAAGGCUUUAUGUACUGGUCCGACUGGGGCACGCGAGCCAAGAUCGAGAAGGCCGGGAUGAAUGGAGUGGACCGACAGGUGCUGGUGGCUGAUAACAUUGAAUGGCCCAAUGGCAUCACUCUAGAUGUAGCCAACAAGCGUCUGUACUGGGUCGAUUCAAAGCUGCACCUUGUAGCCAGCGUGGACCUGAACGGAGCUCACCGCAGAACACACGUGUCAUCCGCAGAGAGACUGGGACACCCCUACGCUCUGGCUGUUUUUGAGGACCGUAUCUACUGGACAGACAGAGACAGAUCGGCGGUGUUCAUGGCCAACAGGCUGACCGGUCAAGACAUCCACACGCUGGCUGAAAACCUCAACGACCCCCAUGACAUCGUGGUCUUUCACCAGCUCCGCCAGCCGCAAGGCCCAGACAGCUGUAAUCUGGGCAGCGUGGCGAAUGGAGGGUGCGAGUACUUGUGUCUCAAGGCUCCGCAGAUUACCGAGCACUCGCCCAAAUACACCUGCGCCUGCCCCGACGGGCAGGACCUGGGGCCUGAAAUGAGGGGCUGUGUGCCAGCAGCACCAAGAGACGACAUGACACCGACAUCCUCGCCUGCUGCUGGAUUUACACCUGGCACUAGAGACACUUUGGCGGAAGACUUCCCACCACCCUCGGGGGGAGUAUCACAGGCGGACGCCACCCCUCACUUGACCGCAGCUCCCUCUGGGGCCCCCGAGCCCCUCACACCUUUCUCCACUCUGAAGCCUUUGUCGUCACAAGAGUCAAAGGUGCUGGGCUCGCACUCCACUGCCACCGCGAUGGUCAUCUCCACCACACCUGCGAGGGACAGCAGCGUCUCUCAACACUCUGGAAGGGAGAAUUUCCUCCUGGGCGAGAACCUGACAGUGGCUGUUUUGGGAGUGGUCAUCCCCAUCGUUCCUAUCGUUGCCACAGUGUUGUUCGGGCUGGUGUGCGCCGGGGUCUACCUGGUGUGGCGCAACUGGCAGCGCAACUCCACCAAGAGCAUGAACUUCGACAACCCCGUCUACCGCAAGACCACUGGCGAGGGCGAGGAGGACGAGAUCCACAUCGGGCGGACGGACGGCAUGGGUCACCACGCGCACCAUCACCCGUACCCGCAGGGCGUCAACAUGGGACUUGUAGGAGCUGGAGGUGGCACCUGCCCGCAGUUCAUUGCCCUGCCGCUCGGGGGCAGCAUGCCCGAUCCGGGGACUCACUGGUACACGGAGCAGCCCAUGCUGUCCACGGCAAAGUGACCCACGAGAGCGGAUUCAGGGGAAGAUGGCCGCUUAGGCACGCGCGCACACACAGUGAGGUCAGGGGUGACUUGGACUGAGUUUGCAGAAAGUACGAACAACAUAUCAUCAAGUGUUACAUGCAGCCAUAUUCUGUGCCAAUUUCCAUUUGAAAAACAGCAGAUUUAUUAAGACUAACAUGAUUCUGAAAAAAUGAUUUCAUACCGUAUCUGUGCUGGAGCUCGAUCUAAUUUCUUCAGUAAAUGCUGAGAAUUAAAUACAGAAUUUUUAAAGUGUUGUAAUGUGUUCCCAACAUUGACCUAAACUGGAAGAUGGAAACGGACGGGUUCCUCUUUUGGAGUCUUUUGUAUUGAAAACUGAGUGAGGUGUGUGCUGUGUGUCUUAUAUUUUGUGACGGGGCAUGGUGAGAGGUUCUGUUUCAUCCUCGAUGUAUUCAUUUGGGCUUUGUGUUAUUCCUGGUUGGCCGUGUAGCUCUGGGAACACUGUUUAGGAAGGAGGAGCUCUGAAACUGGGACAGCAACUGCGUUGGUGGGACAAUCUGUACAGAUUCAUGUUCGAAUCAAUCACAAAUCUCAUAAAUGUCAUUACUGGAGCUGUCGUUUGUCGUUUUCCUGAAUGGGUUUUCUUUUGUUUGAUUUUUUUUUUUUUGUCAUUGUGACUGAUUUUAAAGAAAGCUCAAUAACCACAUGAUACGCUUUCUCUCUGAUUCAGAGGCAAGCCUGUAAGGGUGAGCUGUCUUGCGUUUAGGAGUGCAAUUGAUUUGAGGGGAAAUCUUUUUAUUUGACCUCCAACACCUCAAAGGUUUGGGAUAGUGCAGCAGGUUUGUGGAUUGAAAAGAAGAAAAUAGAGACAUUAAAUCUACUGUACGAGAAGAGAGGACGUGAGGUUCGAGGGAAGAGGAUUUUACACAGGAGUUCUUUCCUAUCGUGACUUGUUUCGAUGGUAAAUGGUUUGAAAAAAGCAAUAGACUCCAGCUUUCAGUCAGGCUGCAGUGUUACGUGGUUUACAAAAAUCCUUGAGUGUAAAAUUGUAUUUGAUCACCCGCUUUUGACUGUGACAAAUGCGCACACAAGUACGCACAGGGUGCAGUGAUAGCAAAUUCACGCUGUUCUCCAGAGGACGGAUACAAUGUGCACUUGGCCCUACGAAAACACAAACAGCAUGCAUAAUUGCUCACCAGCUGACAAUGCAGCCAUUCAUUGUUCCAGGCGAGACAGGCAGACAUUGACAAAAGCAAGCUGGAUUCCAGCACCCGCUCCCCUCCUCCUCCUGAGAUGGCCGAUAUCUGAGCAGACAGUUUUGCGUAGAGCCAUGUGGGGGGGCCCAGCUGGUGGCUGCAUGAUGAAAAAGACCCGUCAAGUGAUGUAACCAUAGAAAACUAAAACCUGACUCUGAUGGAAUGAGGUUGAGACCAAAUUGUCAGUGAACAUGCUUCAUGCUGGUUUAGACACUGUUACUCCAUUCAUAAACCUUAAAAAGUCUGUCUGUGUGUGUGUGUGUGUGUGUGUGUGUGUGUGUGUGUGUGCGCGUGCGUGCUUGUGUGUGCGUGUGUGUGUUCACUAUUAUGCAUGUGAGUGCUAGUUUCAUCCCACAGCCAUAUUUGAACCGUUUUGUAUGCUCUUUGUUGCACAACCCUCUUAGAAUGCCUUCUGCAUUGUGUAUUGCAUGGAACAAAACUGUGUGAAGGUGCGUGGGUACACAGGUGUGUGUGUGUGUGUGUGUGUGUGUGUGUGUGUGUGUGUG